AUGUUACCUCUCACCACUCAUACCACCCAUACUGGUACCUUCGCCAACGGCACCGACGACGGCGACAACAACAACAUGGUACCCACCGUGGCAGAUCGUGGGACGUGCGUUGCCAUUCUCACGGACGAUCCCGACGCAUCGAAGCCGUGGUAUCAGCGUCUCGCAUGGUGGUGCACGUCUCUGCCGUGGGUUUGGGCCACAACGACGGUGUUGGUCUUGGUGGUGGUGGGUGUCACGCUGUUGACGAUCCAGGUCCGUGCCGACUCGUCCACCACUCCCGUGUAUGAUCCGCGUGCACACGGAGAGGCCUACAACCGUACCGCCUACUACGUCGCACUCCGGGAUGUCCUCCUGUCGUCCUCCGACGAUGCACCGGUCGUGUGGACGACUCCGGGAUCGCCGAUGGAACGGGCCUUGGCUUGGAUGACGUUGGACGAUCCCUUGGCACCCUUGCCCUUUUUCGAAUCCCACGCCACGUCCGACGAACAAGCAAAAGAAUCCACCGCCACCACGCUAUACGCGUACGAACGCACGCGACUCCACCAACGCUUCGCCUUGUGUGUCUUGUACUACACAUGGGCCGGUCCAACCUGGACUUUGGAACCGUCCCACGGCUGGUUGCACCGACAUUCCGGAAUCGAGUCCUCCGGACGACUCGCGGACCAGUCGAUCGAUGCGACGCACGAAUGUCUCUGGUUGGGGGUAACCUGCACGAGCGACAACCGCACCAGUGACGAUCACCGCGUGGUCACCGGUUUGGACUUUGGAACCUCGAAUGCCGCACUCAAAGCGUAUGGCACCAUUCCGGAGAUUGUGGGACGCUUGACGCAUCUCCAAAAUCUUCUCGUCUUUGAUCAGCAACUGCAAGGACCGUUGCCUACGACACUCUUCCUACUCACCAAUUUGCAAGCGUUGGACGUCAACACCAAUCGCCUCACGGCCAUACCGGAAGCCUUGGGGGAUCACCUCGUGCAUCUCCAUACACUCCACUUGUACGGCAACGAAUUCCGCGGGACCCUUCCCGCUUCUUUUACCCAACUCACACUUUUGGAAAAUUUGCGGUUGGACGACAAUCCGGCUUUGGUCCAGGACGAUUUUUGGUCCACCAUGCUCCCCUCCUGGCCUCUUUUGCGGACCGUCGUCACGUCCUCCACCGGGUUGGGCGGGAGUCUACCCACGGAAAUUGGGACGCUCCGUCAACUGGCUACCGUCUCGAGCAACUUUGCACCCAUUUCGGGAACUCUCCCCACCGAACUCGGGCUCUGUACCGGCAUGGUGCAGUUCAACGUGAAUCAACCCCAGGCGAUGGCCGCGACCACGCUCGCUGGUGGUUUCCAGGGUACCUUACCAACCGAACUGGGUCGAUGGAGCAAUCUCCGUUUUUUGGCCUUGCGGGGACACGCCAAUCUGGUGUCCACGUUGCCGUGGGAAUUGGCGUCCUGGACGAAUGUGCAACUGCUCGAUCUGGACCAGACGGCGGUCCGGGGGACUCUGCCCGCCUACGUGAGUCGCUGGUCGCAAUUGAAUCGACUAGUAUUGUCGUCGACGGAUUUGACCGGCACGAUUCCGAGCGAAUUGGGAAUGUUGUCGGAUACCUUGAUGUCAAUGGAACUGCAAGACACGGACCUGGUCGGGACCGUGCCGGUGGGUUUGUGCAACGGGGGUGGCGGCGUCGAAUUCGUCAUUUCGUGUGACGGCAGUGCGGGUCCGAACGGGAGGGACGGGAACCAAACGACGACGACGGCAGCAAAGGCGUUCCUCGUGUGCGAUUGCUGUCGGUGUUUGGAAUAA